AUGUCCAACAAGUCAAAACUUCAUCUUGUCAAGAAGCUUGGAGAUGCUAUCGCACAGCCGUUCGCUCAGAAACUGCUGGCCAACUACGAGGCAAUGACCCGAGCUGGCAAACUGGUUUCUAAGCAGAAGAUCCUUUACCUUGGUAACAAGGGGCCAGCCCUAAGCAGCGAAGAUCUCCCCGACGUUCUCAUCCGCAAGUUCAGUGAGGACCCCAUGUUUCGACAGCAGAUACUCAAUGGAUUUGAACUCGAUAAUGUUUUUCACUUUGCAUUCAAUCCAUCGGGCCUGGUGGAGCUACCUCUGCAAGCAGACUGUAUACUCCAAGAGGGCCAGACACUCGACGUUGAGGCCUUCGGCUGGGCUCUGAGGGACCCUGUUAACAAGAAGGUCUACAUCUACUUCAAGGGAACCAACUUCGAAAGUACUGAAAUCCUCGCCAGUACCGGUACUGCCAAGGUAGGCUUCAACAAUGAUGACACGAUACUGGCCAAUGAUCUGGUCAAGGGCAUGCCUGGCCUAGCCAAGGGUAGUAACGGUCGCUGGUUGUUGAGCAGCGUGAAAUACAAGGGUGAAGAUGGCAAGGAAUGUGUGUUCAUCAAAUCUAUGGCCGAGCAAAUGCGUGAGUAUGCUCAGAGAAAGGAUCUCGAGGGUUACGAGGUCAUUCUGGUUGGGCACAGCGUCGGCGCGACCGAGCUCGCCAUCAUGUUCGCCUAUCUCAGCAUUAACCAGCCCCAUUUGUUAUCCACCCUCGGCCUCUGCAUUGGUUCGUACCGCUUCCUCUCGAAGGAAGCAGUCGACUGGUUGAAUAAUAUUGCUAAUGGCACAUUGAUCAACAUCAUCAACGGAAACGACUCCGUCCCUUUGGCUUCUACAAUAGGGUGUAGUCUUGCAACGGCCUACUUGAGUCGGCCAGACAUUACCGAGGAGGUGCUCCAGAAAUUGUUGAAGGCUAAUUCGUUCUGGCUGCCUGGUCAAACCUUUGGAUUUCAGAGCAUGGAGGGCGUCGGCUUGACCCCGUGGGCCAACCACAACAUCGCCACUUAUGGGCUGGCGUUCCGCCCUGAGAACUAUGGCUUGAUUCUACCGCUCGAGGAUGGCCUGGAAGGCCUGUUUCGUUUCAAGUCCAAAUAUGGCGAUCUUUUCCAGCCCAUAGAGCCCCGGACCAAGGAAGACCAGGAGCUCAUCGCCAUGCUGAAGCAAGAAAGUGAGGGAUACAUUCAUAACUAG